CGCUGCCGGUUAAUGCGGCAGUGGGAACCCGACUUUCAGCAUGGACGGCCGCUGGGUGCUCAACGUGUCUGCUGCCUCGCUUCUUGUGCUGCUGCUGGUCGCCACGGGCCCUGCCAGUUCCCAGACGUCAUCAUGCAGAGUACAGGACUGCCCCAACUACAGAACCGUACGAUACUACGAGGAGGUGGGCUGCGUUCCCAGUGCUACCGCCGGCAACUGCUGUCCAACGCACUUCGACUGCAGUUUCCUUCUGUCGCUGGACAGGACAAAAUGCCACUACGAGGGGAAGACGUACGAACCUGGCGCAGAUAUCUCGGGCGUAAUCAAGUCUGUGUGCACCCCAGCGUGUAGCUGCUUCAGUCUCACCGAAGGACCCUCGAGGGGAGAGGCGAGGUUCUCUUGCGCAGCUGGCGGUUGUGCUGGGUAUCGGAUACCAGAAGGAAAGGAGUCUUUCUGUUAUCCCACCUACAAAGUUGAUCAGUGCUGUGGAACUGGUAUUAAGUGUGCGAAUGACACCAAGAGCCCACGAAACGUGGCCGAAUGUCCUUAUAAAGGGAAGACGUACCUGGAGGGCCAGUUCAUUGAAGGAACACAGUCUGAGUGCAUGAGGUGUGUGUGUCAGAAGGGAUAUGACGGGAGUCUAAAAGAGCCCUGGUGUCGCCGACAAAGCUGCGACUACAGUCUGUGGUGGACGGUUUCUCAACUACAAAAAUGUGCGCCAAUUUUCGACGAAGACGACGCAUGCUGCGCUCAUGACUACCACUGCCCUUCCGCUGAUCCUAUUGCAGUGCAGCAUUCUGUGUCUUCAACACCAAAUGAAGGUGGGCAGUGCGCCUUUGGAGACCACAAGCUGAAGAUUGGCGACUAUUUUCUAUCAUCUGGGAGAGACUGUAUCAAAUGCAAAUGCGAUACACCACCAUUUAUAACCUGUGUGAAGCUUCCUGUCGGCUAUUGUCCUGUAGCCAAGAAAUAAGACAAAUACGUGAGACAAAUCUAUUGGAUAUUUAUUACAAGCGACAAGGCCUAUACAUCGUUGGAGGAAAAAAGUGACAACAACUUGUAAUUAAUAUCACAUGGAAAGUAAAGUUUCAAAAAUCUGCACCCAAAUUUAUGGAUUUUACUAGCUACCCCCAAAUCUUAUCAUGUAUUCAAAAAUGUAACCUAAAAAUCAGUAUGAAGGUAUCGUAAAAAAGGAUUACAGAAGUAAUCUCUACUAUACGCAUUACAGUACAUUUUAAAAUGAAACGGGAACUUGUAUUUUCGUUAUCUGUAGAUAAUAUUUUAAAAAUGAAAUGAUUAAAUUAAUACAGAUAUUUUAAUGUGUAAUAAAUAAGAAAAUGUCCUAUUUCUACAACCACAACAUAUCAUAUGGCGUUAAUGCACACCAAUCUACAGCAUAACUCCACAUCAACAGAGGUGUAGACAGCAUAAUCAAAAAUGUAAAAUUUUUUCAGUGCUGCUAGUUAGUUACAUUUGUACAGGGUAAUACAGCAUGAAAUGGACACCCAUAAUAUACAUAACAUACAUGGAACGGGUAAAUAUACUGAAGUGUGACUAAUCUAUCGUUUUCUAAUGUACGCAAGUUAUUUUUAUUGCUUACAAGUGCCGUAUCACGGUACCAAUUUUUUUUAACUGUGCCCUAUUCCCUUGGAACUGAAAAGAAACUUCGGGGAGGAAUAAAAGACACAACUUGUUUGGAACGUGAUCAAAUUAUGAUCAGAUAUCAAUUUCAGAAACUAGUAUAACACAGUUAGACGAUAGACUUCCACAAGUUGUUCGACUUCAUCAAACGUAGGCAAAACGAAACUUUGUCAAUUACUAAGACUGUCACCUCAAGUGAUCAUAAUGUUGCCGUGAGCACUAAUGCAUGCUACAAAACACGAUGAAUUUCGUAUAGAGUUCGCAAGCUGACCUCUUCGCCCUGAGAAGAGUAAUUCUUCAUGACGUGUUGUAUUAAUGAUUUCAUAUUGGUUGUAGGAUUUAUUGGGGACUGAGCUAAUGCUCGAACCCCAAGACAAAUUGUGGAUUUACAGACUGAGGGGUUGGUGGUCCACCACUGUGCAUCUGUACUAAUAAUGGACCCAGCUGUCUAGAACAGAUUAUCUCAUGCAAGUACUGAUUACACUCACCAAGUAAGGAAAAUAUUGCGAUGGCUAAUGAAUAACAAAAUCAUUUACAUUAAAAACAUGAAAAUUCAGUGGGAAUAAAAUAAUAAAGAAUAUAGGCAAUACAUUGGCAAGAUUAAGUUCAAUACUGUAUAUUUUUCUUUCAAUUUACACACGAUGAAGUAUGUGGUUUCCAACCACAAGGGUGAACUGCAAUUAUCUGAGCGGUAAAAAAAAGGGGAUUGAAUUGUAUUUCAAUCACAAAACUACAUUAUUUUUGAAAGACCAAUAGUAUUAUCACUAUUUUGUAAGACUUUAAUACUGAUUAAACACGUUAUCAAUAAUUACAUUUUUGAAUACUAGAGUGAUAUGCCACAUAAUUUGGUGUAGAUUGCAGCUUGUGAAAUAUAUUGUGUUUGAUCAUCAUCAUCAUCUUAUAAUGCACCCAUUACACGUAUAGUUUGUACCAUGCAUCUAUGACACUAAAAUUUAGACAUAUAUAUCACAUGUACAAUGUUAUCUAUAAAAAUACCUUCUAUGAUUUGUAAGUA